GUUAUUCACUACCGUCUGCAGUCUCCUUUGAUAAACCGUCUUCCAUCUCAUUGCUACUCUGUGAGAGAGAGACAGAGAGAGACAGAGAGAGGAGAAUGGAGAAGAAGGCAAAAGUGAUUUGCUCAGUAGUGGGGUUUCUGGGGCUUUUAUCUGCUGUUUUGGGUUUUGCUGCUGAGGCCAAGAGGAUAAAGGCUUCUCAGAUUCAGGGGUUUCCUGGUGCUUGUAUAUACCCCAGCAGUCCAGCUUCGGGUCUUGGAUUAGCUGCAGCACUGACUCUUAUGGUUGCUCAAAUUAUCAUCAGCAUCACAACUGGCUGUUUUUGUUGCAGACGACAUUCUUAUCUAUCAAACUCUAAUAGGAGAUUGGCAAUUAUCUGCUUUGUCAUCUCAUGGAUCACAUUUGUCCAUGCAUUUCUUAUGUUACUAGCUGGUGCAGCAAUCAACUAUAACCACGGGUACUACUCGUACUCUGGCAGCCCUUGCCCCUUUGUGAAGCCCGGAUUCUUUGCUGGAGCUGCUGUCUUGUCCCUUGCAACUGUGGUACUUGGAAUUGUAUAUUAUCUCGCUUUGGAUUCAGCAAAAACCAGCAAUGACUCAUGGAAUGGUACUGCUGCUGCUCCUAAUCAAGGUGGCAUCGCAAUGGGACACCCACAAUUCCCCCCACCGCAAUACCCUCCCGGGGCUCCACCACAAUACCCUCCGGGGGCUCCACCACUAUACCCUCCAGGGGCUCCACCACAAUUCCCUCCUCCGAACACAAAAGCUCCAAUUUUUGUGCACGAAGAUACAUACAUGAGGCGGCAAUUUACUUGAUUAUAGUUUGUCUUUGGUGAAUGGGGGUGCUAGAGGCUCCCAGAGAAAACUUUUUUUUUGGGAUAAGCGCCUCCACAGAAAACUUCUUGAUGUAAGGUGUGUUUGUUUAGGGUUGGGGUUGGGGGAAGUUCCUCCUCACAUUUGCUUUUGAUUUAUUUGUUUUUCAGACCUAACAUAUCCCCCGGCCUGAAUAGGUUUUGGAGAAAGAAAGAGUAUAUGUAAAGCAAAUAUGUUUCGCAAAAUAUGCAGAUCAUCAAUGGAGGUGAGAUCUUUGUAAAUUGUAUGCUGUGCAACUGAAUAGUGGAAGGGCCAAGUUUGAAUA